UGUAGGAUAAGAUUCACAACCAUGCUACCCUCUAUCCUGUUUUGGGGACUUAUUGCCCUCAUUGGCACUUCUAGGGGCUCAUACCCUUUCACUCACUCAAUGAACCCUCACCUGCAUCCCCGCCUGUACCAUGGCUGCUACGGUGACAUCAUGACCAUGGAGACCUCUGGUGCCGCCUGUGAUAUAACCAGGUUGAUGAACUGUGGGAUCCGUGGUUCUGAAAUGUUUGCUGAGAUGGAUUUGAGGGCCUUAAAAACUUACCAGAUUCUGAUCAAAGAAGUUGGGCUGAGGUAUUGUGUGGACCCUGCUCUCAUUGCAGCCAUCAUCUCGAGAGAAAGCCAUGGUGGAGCUGUCCUGCAAGACGGCUGGGACUACAGGGGACUUAAAUUUGGCUUGAUGCAGCUUGAUAAAAAAAUUCAUCACCCUGUUGGUACCUGGGACAGCAAAGAACACCUCUUGCAGGCUGUUGGGAUUCUAACAGACAAAAUUAAGGCAAUCCAGAAAAAAUUCCCCAUGUGGAGUGUGGCUCAACACCUCAAAGGUGGUCUCUCGGCCUUUAAGUCAGGAAUCAAUGCCAUCGUCACCCUAACGGACAUAGACAAAGAUUUGGUCAAUGAUCUUCUCGCCCGAGCUAAAUUCUAUAAAAGACAUGGCUUCUAG